AGACUAUCUGACCCUAGCUCGACCAACCCGGUAGGGUCCGGUGAAGAUGCUGAAAAGGGAGAAGUAUUUAUCUAAUCGAACACGACGGUUAUUGCUAUGAAAGAAUCCCGCAUGCAACUCUCUGUUUCCGUUACACGUACUAGGACAUACACAAGAAAAUGGAGGAGAGAGAGAGAGAGAGAGAGAGAGAAAUUGAAAGAGAAAAAGAAAACCCGAAGCACCCAUGAUCCCAACUUAGAUCUCACGUACUGAACUACGUGCAUGGUGCACCCAGAUCCCAUGAAGAAACAUACCUUCCCUUAAUCACAAUCAAACUUCAUUACAUUUUUGGUGAAAAGAAUGGAUCGGUUUAGGGCAAAGUACGAUAGACAAAAGAGCGUAGAAAGCCCUACUGAAUCUCCUGUUGCAAUGUCACCAUUACACCGUCAUGCUCGUUCUUCAUCGUCUGUGUUAACCAAUGCAAAGAAGCCUCAGAAUGUGGCGGCCAAGGCAGCGGCUCAAAGACUUGCACAAGUGAUGGCGCAUUCAGGUGAUGAUGAGGACGAGGAUGAGGAUGAUCUCUUGGUUGAUUAUCAACCUGUUGGCUCGCUUGGUGGCCGUGGCCUUGCUGCUGGAAGGUCUGCUCGGCCUCGAUCCCCCAAGUCAGUUCGUUCAGCUUCUACAGAGCAGCCUACAUCAAUGCGAACUCCAAUGAUUGCUCGUCCAUCUUUCUCUGCUAAGACCAACGAACAAUCUUUACCAAGACCAUCUUCAGCAGGUCGGUUAUCACAGCCAUCCAUCAACCCUCUGGAGCCAAGGCAGUCGUCAGCGCAUUUAGCGUCAACAGUUAGAACAGCCAGGUCUUCCAGAGAUUCUAUAGAUAUGGAAGAAGAACAAAAUGAAUCGAGUGGAAGACCAUCUUUAUGUGUUAGAACUAAUGCAGAAUCUUCUGGACGAUCAGCUGCAGCUUUUCGGCCACCUCUGACCUCGGCUAGUACAGAGCAAACCCAAUCAGCUUCUGUGUCAGCAGGACGAUCUCCUAUGUUUGCCAACUCUGAGGAUCUCAAUCUAUCUGAGCGAUCACCUAAGGUCAUCAAUCCUUCCGAACAGCCUCUAUCUGCCCCUUCUACUACGUUAGGCCGACCUUCAGGGCCUAAAUCAGUUUCUGUGUUGCCCCCUGCUGUUAAAAUGUCUCUGAAGCAACAAACUGCAUAUAGUCCAGUGGCUGGCAGUGCCAGUAAUAAGAGGUUGUCACUAGACUUUGGGAGUAGGAUAUCGAGAGAACCCAAAGAGCCUAAUGAUCAGCUCUCGACGACAGCCCUACAAGACGAGCUUGAUAUGCUACAAGAGGAAAACGACAGUCUUCUAGAUAAGCUUCGACUUGCAGAGGAACGGUUUCAAGAAUCUGAAGCAAGAGCUAAGCAACUCGAGAGACAGGUUGCAAAUCUUGGAGAAGGUGUGUCUAUGGAAGCUCGACUUUUAAACAGAAAAGAGGCAGCCUUGCAGCAAAGGGAGGCUGCACUGAGAGUGGCUUCAAAAAAAUAUGGUGGCAACACUGGAGAUAUUACAGCACUCAGGAUGGAAGCAGAGUCUGCUAGGGAUGAGGCAACUUCUGCACUUGAUCAACUCCAGGAGUCUGCGUCUGAAUUAAGAUCCCUUCGGUCUGUGGUUCAAAGAUUAAUGUUGAAUCAGGAGGAGAUGGAAGAGGUGGUUCUUAAGAGGUGUUGGCUUGCUCGAUAUUGGGGUUUAUGCGUUCGACAUGGUAUCUAUCCAGAUAUUGCGGGAGCCAAACUUAAUUACUGGUCAUCCUUGGCCCCUCUACCUGUUGAAAUUGUUAUGGCUGCGGGACAAAAAGCAAAGGAAGACUGUCACUCAGCUAACAAUGAUGACAGAAGGGAAAAGACUUUUCGUGAUAGCAGUCAACUUUCAGGAGAGGGCAGUGCUGAAAGCAUGCUUACAGUAGAGAGAGGUCUGAGGGAACUAGCGGUGCUGAAGGUAGAAGAUGCCACCAGGCUUGCAAUGGCUCAACAUAGACGGAGGAGUAUGCAGAAACCUGCUUUUACAGAUGACUUGAGAUCUCCGAGUCAGAAAUUCGCUGAAGCUUUUGAAUUGAGCGAAGAAGAGUCUGAAGAAGUGCAGUUUAAGCAGGCUUGGCUGAUGUAUUUCUGGAGAAGAGCUAGAAAUCAUGGUGUGGAACCAGAUAUAGCAGAUGAGCGCGUGCACUUUUGGAUCAACCAUAGUGCACAAGCAAGUAACUCACAUGACGCAGUUGAUGUUGAGCGAGGGCUUAUGGAGCUUAGGAAGUUAGGGUUGGAAAACCAGUUGUGGGAAGAAAGCAGGAAAUGGACUGAGCAAUACUCCCAUGCAAGAAAGCAGAUGGACUUCUGAGUUUUUAAGAAAGCUUUCUUGUAGGAAUAGGAUGACAUAAACAUAUAUAGGUUGUGUAAAUGCGAUUUUCCUUAAGUUGAAAUUCUGUACUCUGUAGUAUCUCCUCCUCUGGUCAACAACCAAUGCUGAAAGUACAAUUAUUUGUUAUGUUUCUUCAAAGGGUUCUUUGAUGACGAACAUCAUCGAAUAAGAAAAACUGAAAAAGGGUUCGAUAAUAGAUAUACCAUAUCUUAUUCUAACGUUUGUAUUUUUUAAGGAUAAGAAAAGAUAAUAUUUAUCUAUAAUAUAUAGAGGAUUAAUGUUGGUUUA